AUGCGCUGGUUUCUUGCAGCCUUCAGUACCGAAUAUGUCGACGGGAUCAAUGGUAGACGAGUCGUGUUGCAGUUUCGCGGGGUGGACUCAUUCGGAGAAGACGCCACGGAAAAUAAGUUUUCGCUGGUAAAUGUUGCUAUCCACUUUUUUUACAAGUGCAGUUCUGAGCCAGAAUCUCGGGGUUCCAUUAAGAUCGAGGACCUGCCGCCUUUAAAAACCGCUUUACAGAAGAAUGAAGAUUCGCUCUGGGAACUGAGGAAACAUGUAAGAAUAUUCGCGGAAAUGGCGCAAAGUUACGGAAGUGAGAACCUCCCGUUUUGGCGUAGCAAGCACGUCGAUGACAUCCUAAAGGAAAGCGGCCCGCCGACCAAACUCUUCGGAAGGGAUUGCGGCCUCGAGGGCGUUCGUAACCAGGCGGCUCAAGGAAACCGUCCGGGAUCACCAUUCCCAUCAACAGGACCCGGGGCGACCCCUACCGAGACAACCUCACCAAUCGGUCUGUGGGAAAGGGGUGUUUGUGCGGCUCCGAUCGUGAUCUGGGAUGAUUCCACUUCAGACUGAGGCGAACGUGACGUAUUUUAUAGUGAAGGAACUUCAGACAGAGCCGGCGCUCACCUCCGCGAAACGCAAGGCUGUGUUUUUCUUUUUUAUUUUUCAAGCGAAUGACUUUUUGUUUUUUCCUUUUUCUAGUUUCCCCUCCCCCCCAUCUUCCACUUGCCAGUUUCACUAGCGUGUUAUUUUUACAGUGAUGUAGGAACCCAAAAUAACUUCUUUAUUCAACAGUCAAAUGUCUAUAGUACCCGAAGAACGAUUGGAUUUACACGCGGCACUCUGACAUCCGCUAUGUGCACUGCAUUCAUACAUCAACCGUGGAAAAUUUAUUGUACUAGAAACUGUUUCUGUUUCACCCGUUUCGUUUUUACUUCAUGAGAAUUCAUAAUUAAACAUACAUACAUACACACAUGUCACAACCUUGACAUAGCAUGGUUCCCAUAGCAAGGAUGAUAUAUGGCAUUUUUUUUUUUCUGCCUCGCGAUGAAUCAAUCUCGCAGGCGUAGAGAUCUUCGAAAAGUGUUUUUAUUUGAUUGAGGUCGUGACAAGUGAGAAAUAUGAAUACCCCGGAUGUAUCACGUUGUGGUUCUUCGUUUACCACCCGCCUGAAACGAUUCUUUUGGUCUUGGAUAGAACUUUUUAAGCUAUCUGUUUCUAUUUCAUUUCUCCGACGAAUUUUAUUGCACGGUGUGGC